AUGUCUACCUCCGGAGGUAUACCAACUUACACCUCUGCGCCCGUCAAUCCAAACAAGGAAGAAGGCACACAUGGGUCGACCUCAUCACCAGAACCCGCCACCUCAAUCGAGUCCUCAAUCACAGCGCCAUCGGAACCCGCAAACACAACUGCAACAACUACAGCUACAGCUGCAGCGCCUUCCUACUCCCCUAUCUACGCAACUGCGCAACCAGGAGCUCCUCCAGCUCAGCCCGGCGCAGCACCAAGUCUCCCUGUUCCAACAGGCACCGGAUCAAGCAAGCUCACAGCAACUCCAACAACCACAAUCCCAACCGCAACGUCGAUAUCGACAUACUCCCCGCCUCCGCCCCAACCAGGCGCAGUACCACAUCCUCCUACCCAAGCAACAAGCUCCCCAGUGCCCCCUCCACCGAAAGCAGGCGAGGCCGUAACCCAGCACCCGCCCCAGCCUCCAGCUACAUUCACUCAAUCCUACUCCUACCAGCCUUCAUCAAUCCCAAACUCAACAUCCACCCCCUACUCCUCAGUUUACCAAACGCACGCUGGUGCAAGCUCGUCCCGUCCCAAUGGUCUACCUCUGCACUCUUCCAGCGGUGGAGGCGGAAGCGCAAACGAUAUAUUCGAUGAUGAGCCUUCGUUUGUGAACACGGCUAAGUCGUGGUGGCAGACUGCUGGGACGAAGUUGGCGGAGGUUGAGGCGGAGGUUUGGAAGAAGAUUAAUAAAGCUCAUGAUGAGUGA